CUCUGGCCUAGUGAGAUUAACAGUCUGGCCCAGUUCCAGGCUGCUAGCCCAUCGCCUAAAGGAAGACUGGAGGAAGUUCCCGUAACCCAAACCGGCAAUCCCUUCGGCGCUUCUGCGAGUCGCAGCCCCGCACGCGGCACUUGUCUCACGCCGCCGCCGCAGCCCCGCCUCUGCUGCGUGGUUGUCUGUUUCUCACCAUCUUAUUUCUCAGCUUGUGGCUGCCUUCUGUAGCUCCGCUAGUCGCCCCAGCCCCCAGGCACCUGGGAAAUUCUGUCAAGAUGUCUUCUUUUCACUUCGAUGAUAUUAUCCAGAUUGUCUCGGUCGAUGCUGAUGGGAAAAAGUAUGACAAAGUUUCUCGAAUUGAAGCAAAGACAAGAGAUGGCGUGACAGAUAUGGUGCUAGAUAUAAACUCAGAGCUAUAUCCUGUUAAGACGAAAGAAGUUUAUAGGAUGGUGCUGUCACAGACACUUGCUUUAGAUGGGUCAACAAACCACCCUCAGGGCCAGAUGAAAUCACUGGCAGACAAGUUCGAGUAUAUCAUGCAUGGGCUACUCUAUAAGGUUGCAGAGGAAUCUUCUAAAGUGGUGGUGUAUAUUUCUUCUGGAGGACUUCAACUGAAGCUCUGCAGUGCGCCCAAGAACAUGCACAAAUUUAUGCUUGAUCAGAGGCUGUUUAUUCUUUUGAGGAAAAUGGAGACUGAUCCAUUGCCUAAGUAGGCUCUUUUCCAAAUCAAGAUUUGUUUUUGUUUAUUUGUAGAAAAAGCAGCUUCCUUUUAGUGGUUGAAGUCUUGGAAGACUCUGUUUCACAAUCUAAUGUUUGUUUGUAUGAGAUUGCUUUUGCAGUAAGAAUAUUGGUUUGCCAUUUAUAUAAUUAGUUGAAUGUUUUACAAGUCUGAUAGUAAUGAUAGUAGUUCAGUUAUAAAUUUAUAAUUGUGAACAAAAAGGGUAAACUGUUUUAGUCCCUCAUUGUAUUUGCAGUUGCAACAAUUUU